AAAAGUAGGACUAACUUGCUUCCAGCAUGGCACCAACGUACUCGAAAGUACUCGACGACGAUUCACUCAUUAACAAAGUGAGUGAAAGCAUCGAUGCAGUCAUAUACUAUGUCCGCCUCGGUCUCGAUCUUUUAGGAAACGCAGCGGAUGUUUCCAAUGUGUUGGGGAAACCAAUACCACACUUUGAAGACGCCAUGUUUCAGUGUUUGUAUACAUGGCGUAACGAACAGGGCACGGGGUGCGAGGAAACAUUGAUGGAGAUUUUUGAGGAACUUGGGCUAGAGGAUGCACUGGCCCUUCUUAAGAAAGAACGGCAGAAGGAUGGGAGCACAAACUGUUUGAGUAACGAUAAAUUCCUGUACGAUUUGGUCGAAAAGAUAGACUGUCUGUCUUAUUACACCAAGUUGGGCACACGACUAUUGAAAAACGCCGCAAAAGUCCAGUACCAUAUUGGGCUUACUGCACCAUCGUACGCUGACGCCCUGUUCAAGUGUAUGAUUCGGUGGAGAAACGAGAACGGAGCAAGUACCGAAGAAUAUACCAAACUGAGAGCAAUCCUGAUGAAACAUGGACUGGUAAAACAAGUAGAACUGAUGGAUAAACUUGAAGAUGAGGUUACAAGCUCAACCAAUAGCGCCAUCAAAGAAUCAGAAGCUUGUCUCUAAACACGUAUAUGAUUAGUUCAGAUAUGACUUGGUAAACCGCCGCAAAUAUAAAUCAAAACGAAAACUAAAAUCCGCCCCAUUUUUUUACAUCUAAAUAAAUGUCAUCUGCGCACAACAAAAUUAAUGUCCAUUAAUUUAUAACUGUUAUCAUUAUUUUUAUUACAAGUGACGCGCUAGUGCCCUUUGGCAAGGCAUUAACCCUCAUUGCCAAGUCCCUCGCAGAGGACUUCAAGCCGUCGGUCUCCUGGUUGUUUACUUACAAGCAUGCACGUGAUCUCUUAGCAGUCAGGUAAAACAGACCAGCCACCCAACCAACUUAUAACCUUUUAUAAUUAUUUUAAAAAGUUUGUAAAAAUAUUAUAUUCGUGUAUUACCAUUUUGUUUGGUGUAUAUAAAAUUAACAAUUUCAAAUCUCUGUAUAUUCUACUCCCAUACCCCAUGAAGGUCGUUAAAUUUCAAUAAACUAAACUAAUUUAAACUAAACUAAAUCGAGCUAUGUGAUAUAACAUACAGAAACGCGUAUUGCACUUACGUCAUCAUUAACAUUUUAAAAAACGCCGCGGUUUACCAGCGCAUAUCUGAACCAAGAGAAACCAGCUUUCCAACCCGCAAAGAGAUACCAGCAACUUCAUUCCGUUAAAGCAGAACAAAGAAAAAACAGAAUGGCAAAAGUUUGAAACAAAUUUGACAAAAAAUGAGAAAGUUAUGAAUGUUUGAAAUAUGUGAUCAUUACAUCUCUAUAUGCGUAUUCCAAGUUUGCCAGACGAUGGCCUGUUUGUUUUGUUUCAAAAUACUAAUUUGUGGUUAUCUUCUUCAUGUACUAAGAGCUUCCUCUUUCACGACACUACUUAAAAUAUAUAAUGGAUAGCUUAUUGUUAUGGGUCUACUUCUAAAAAGGAAAGAUCGUCCUGAGUAAAACAUUUUGAGCAAAUAAAAUGUACUUCUAGUCAUUUUGAGGGUUGUAAAAAGUGGGGGAGUUUUCCGGCACUACCGUAUAAUUAUUAACAUCACAGUCACAUCACCGAUUUAACCAAUUUGGCCUUUCCAUAAUGUUUCGUGAUUACAACUUUCUUCAAUAUGUCAUAACUUUCUAAUUUUCUGUCCGGUUUCUUUCAAACUUUCAUCAAUCUGCUUCUUUGAUGUUCUGCUUUCUUUAAAAACACUUUGGUAUAGUAUAGUUGAAUUUCCCUUUUACUUUGGGCAGAACAAUCCGUGUUAUAUAGAACGGCACGCCCAACAGAGUGUGUUAUAUUGUAGGUGUUGGUAUAAUCAUACACGUGUAGUGAUUGUUAACUUUUUUUAAAAACUUUUUUACUGUGAAUUGGAAAUAUUGACAGCUUUUUUUACAUUUAUUUAUAAUUAAACUACUCGUUUCGGCCAAUUUUGAUAGAAAAUAAAUCACAAGCUAAAAACAAUGUACACCCUAAGAAACGUAAAUUAUGUGGAUGUUGAGGAGUGCAAAAUUUCGUCAAACAUGUUUUAUGCUACAAAAAAUAAUUAUAAAAGCAACUUUUAAACAUCAAUAGGAUGUCGCUAUUCGGCAAAUAACAUAACAACAAGGUGAUAUUGAAUAUGCAUCACACUUUGCUUUUAACAACAUCUUACUCUUGCGACAACAAUCUUAUAAACACCUGGGCAUUAUUGUACAAAACCGUCGUAGAUACAAGUCCGUCGACAUCCCAUGCACUGAGAUGUAAGUUCAAUAGGGUGUCGGCGAACUUAUAUCUAUGACGGUUUCGUGAAACGAUGCCCUCGUAUAUACCAAAGAAAAGGAACAUGUCGAAAUGACAAAUGUGAUUCUAGAUUAUGUGCUGUUAUGUUCUGCGAUACACACGCACAUUAUGGUCUUUAUUUUGAACAACAAAAGAGUAAAAAUCAGAAACACAACACAAUAAAGCGAAAAGAGAAAAGCGAAAAACACAUCCAAAUAUUCAAAGCGUUACUUUGUGAAUAUUGUUUCAUUGUUAGAAUGUCGUAAAAUCUACUUUUAAAAAAUCUACUCGUCAACUGUGAUGAAGUGCCGAUGCGUCUUUCAGCUGAAUAAUAUGAGUUUCCGUUUUAUUAUAAUAAUAAAUAAUAAUAAUAAUUAUGUGAACUAACUCUAUUUUCUACUUCUUAUCAGUCAAAAUUUCGACAGCUAAUA